AUGGCGGACUACCUGAUCAGCCGCGGCACCCGCUACAUGCCGGAGGACCGGCUCACCGCGCAGCAGCCCUUCGCCAGCGCCCACAGCCUCACCUGCAACGACUUCCUGAUUCUCCCAGGAUUCAUAGACUUCAUAACUGAUAAGGCGGACCUGAGCUCAGCCCUGACCUGGAAGAUCACGCUGAAGAUGCCACUCAUCUCCUCCCCCGUGGACACUGUGACAGAGGCUGACAUGGCCAUCGCAAUGGCUCUGAUGGGAGGUAUCGGUUUCAUUCACCACAACUGCACCCUGGAGUUCCAGGCCAAGGAGGUGCGGAAGGUCAAAAGGUUUGAACAGGGCUUCAUCAUGGACCCCGUGGCGCUGAGCCCCUCGCACACUGUGGGUGAUGUGUUGGAGGCCAAGGUGUGGCAUGGCUUCUCUGGCAUCCCCAUCACUGAGACAGGCACCAUGGGCAGCAAGCUGGUGGGCAUCGUCACCUUCCGAGACAUCGACGUUCUUGCAGAGAAGGACCACACCACCCUCCUCAGUGAGGAGAUGACACCAAGGACUGAGCUGGUGGUGGCUCCAGCAGGUGUAAUGUUGAAAGAGGCAAAUGAGAUCCUGCAGUGUAGCAAGAAAGGGAAGCUGCCUGUCGUCAGUGAUCGCGAUGAGCUGGUGGCCAUCAUCGCCUGCAAAAACCUGAAGAAGAACCGAGACUACCCUGCGGCCUCCAAGGAAUCCCGUGAGCAGCUGCGAUGCGGGGCAGCUGUGGGCACCCGUGAGGAUGACAAAUACCGCCUGGACCUGCUCACCCAGGUGAGUGUCAACGUCACAGUCUUGGACUUUUCCCAAGGGAGCUCAGUGUAUCAGAUCACCAUGGUGCAUUACAUCAAACAGAAGUACCCCCACCUCCAGGUGACUGGGGUAAACAUGGUGACAGCAGCCCAGGCCAAGAAUCUGAUUGACGCUGGUAUGGAAGGGCUUGGCAUGGGCAUGGGCUGCAGCUCCAUCUGCGUCACCCAGGGUGUGAUGGCCUGCAGUCAACCCCAGGGCACUGCUGUGUACAAGUAGGCCGAGUAUGACUGGCGCUUUGGUGUGCCUAUAAUAGCCGAUGGCAGCAUCCAGACCGUGGGGCACAUGGUCAAGGCCCUGGCCCAUGAAGCCUCCACAGUGAUGAUGGGUCUGCUGGCUGCCACCACAGAGGUCCCCAGUGAAUACUUCUUCUCAGAUGGGGUGUGGCUCAAGAAGUACCAGGGCAUGGACUCGCUGGAUGCCAUGGAGAAGAGCAGCAGCAGCCAGAAACAAUACUUCAUCGAGGGGGAUAAGGUGAAGAUUGCGCAGGGUAUCUCCAGCUCCAUCCGGGACAAAGGGUCCAUGCAGAAGUUCGUGCCCUACCUCAUAGCGGGCAUCCAGCAUGGCUGCCAGGAUACUGGGACCCAGCUGUCUGUCCUUUGGUCCAUGAUGUACUCAGGAGAGCUUAAGUUUGAGAAGUGGACCAUGUUGGCCCAGAUUGAGGGUGGCGUGCAAGGCCUGUGCUUUUACGAGAAGUGGCUGUACUGAGGACAGCGGUGGAGGCCGAGGUGGUGGAGGGGGCGUACCCCAAUGUCCACCUUCGGGCACAGCCUCCCUCCAUAACUGAGUGGUCCACAGGUUUGCACUCUGGGCUCCCCAGCUCCUUUCCAGGGAGAGAGGAGGGGAGGUCCAGAAGGGUCUGUGGCCCCUCGCUGGGCAUCCCCUGCAGAGUCAGGACUGCUCUCUGGUCAAGGCUGCCCUGGGAGACCCACCAAGCCCAGUCAGCUGGGCUCUUAGGCCCUGCGCCUGCCUCAGGUCUUUCUUGCUGCAGCCUGCUUCAGCCUGGCCCCCACCCAGGGGCAGGCAGCCCCUCCUGGCUUCUCCUGUAGGGCACCUCCCUGCCCCCAGCCCCCCAGGAAAUGGUGCUCUCCUGGCCCUGCCUCUGGCCCUUCCUGGGCCGCUGCC